CGGUGACCGACUUCAGCGGCAUGUUCCAGAACUGCGUGAGCCUGACCCAGGUCCCCGGAAUCGAGACCUGGGACUUUUCCAGCGCGAAGGACCUGGGGCGGAUGUUUCAGCAGAACGCGCAGCUGCGCCUCACCUCGGAAACCGCGAACUGGAACACCGGGCAAACGCGGGACCUGAGUGGUAUGUUCGACGGCGCGGCGGUGGCCAACCCGGACUGCAGCAACUGGGACGUGUCCAAGGUGACCAGCCUCGCGACCUUCCUCCGCAACGCGGAGGAGGCGGUCCCCGACCUUUCCCG